CUACCUGUGCCACUCUGCAGUGCCACCUACAUGUGCCCAGAAGUGCCACCUACAUGUGCCCAGCAGUGCCACCCACCUGUGCCGCCCACCAGUGCAGCCCAGCAGUGCUGCCAUCAGUGCCCAGAAGUGAUGCCAGUCAGUGCCGUCUAUCAGUACCCAUCAUCAGUGUCACCUAUCAGUGCCGCCUAUCAGUGCUGCAUAUCAGUGCCGCCUAUCCGUGACCCCUAAUUAGUGCUGUCUAUCAGUGCCGCCUAUCCGUGCCACCUCAUUAGUACUGCCUAUCAGUGCUGCCUCAUCAACGCAAAUCAGUG